AUGACAAAUUGUUCUGAAAGGUAUUCAUUCCGUCAAAGAGGUUUGGAUAAUCAUAUAUCAGAUACCCCAAUACAAUCUGUACAACAACAAGUUAAACGCAAACCAUUGUUGAAUAGAUUAUUGAACUACAAAAUGUCAAGCUCAAUUGAUGACUAUGAGGUCCUAGAUGAGAAAUUGCCUUUAUAUCAAAAUGAACAACAACAUCAAAGAAAACAACAAACAGGAUUAAGAAAGUUGAAAGUUGUUAGUAAACUUGCAUUAUUAUUGAGUACUUCAAUUGUGGUUUUAAAUUACUUAUCUUUUACAAAUUAUAACCCAUUACAAGGUUUAAAUCCAUAUGAAAAUGAAUUCAAUAUUACUGAAUUGAGUGAUGCUUACCUUAAUGUCCUUCAACAUUCAAAUUUUGCUGGUGAUUGGUUGAAAAAAUAUACUUCUGAAGCUCAUUUAGGGGGUACAAAUUAUGGAUUAGUUGAAUUCACUGCUGAGAAAUUUGAAGAAUUUGGAUUUGAAUCUAAAAUUGAUACUGUGAAUUCAUAUAUUAAUUAUCCAGGAACUCAACAUUUGAAAUUAUUAAACUCAAAGGGUAAACUUAUUUAUCAACCAACUUUAGUUGAAGAUGAAUUGGAAGAAGAUCCAACAACAAGUGGUGAAGGACUUGUCCCUGCAUUCCAUGGUUAUUCUGCAAAUGGUAAUGUCACAGGUCCAAUUGUUUUCGCAAACUAUGGUACAAAAGAAGAUUUCAGAUUAUUAGAAUCAAAAGGUGUCAGUGUUAAAGAUUCAAUAGUUAUAGUUCGUUAUGGUAAAAUUUUCAGAGGUUUGAAAGUUAAAUUUGCACAAGAAGCUGGUGCAAUUGGUGUUAUCAUUUAUUCAGAUCCAGCAGAUGAUUAUAUUCCUGAUGAUGUUGAACCAUACCCAAAAGGUCCUGGUAGAAAUCCUUCAAGUAUUCAAAGAGGUUCUGUUCAAUUCUUGUCAAGUUUACCAGGUGAUCCUUCAAGAUUCACUGAUAGAUCACCUGAAGCUUUAGCCAAUUUGAGUACAAUCCCUCAUAUCCCAUCAUUACCAAUCUCCUAUAAAGAAGCACAACCAAUUUUGAUUCAAUUGAAUGGUCAUGGAUUAGAUUUGGAUUUCCAUGGUGGUAUCAAUAAUUUUACAUAUACUACAGGUCCAUCAAAAGCUGAAUUAAACAUCUAUAAUAACAAUACCUAUAAAUUUACAGAUUUAUGGAAUGUUUUAGGUUAUCUUGAAGGUCAUGAUUCAAAUGAAGUCAUCAUCUUGGGUAAUCAUAGAGAUGCAUGGAUUAAAGGUGGUGCAGCAGAUCCAAAUUCAGGUUCUGCAACUAUUUUGGAAAUUGCUAGAGGUUUAGGUGAAUUGAAAAAAUUAGGCUGGAAACCACAAAAAUCUAUAUUAUUUGCAUCAUGGGAUGGUGAAGAAUAUGGUUUAUUAGGUUCAACUGGAUUUGCUGAAAAAUUUGCUAAAGAAUUGGGUAAAAAAGUUGUUAGUUAUAUUAAUUUAGAUGGUGCAGUUAGUGGUAGUCAUUUACAUAUAUCUUCAUCUCCAUUAAUUAAUCAAUUCUUAUUGGAUAUUGCAGAUCAAGUUUCUUAUCCAAAACAAGCAAAUCAAACUUUAAAAAAACAUUUUUUGAGUGAACGUAACAUUAGUAUCUUGGGGUCAGGUUCUGAUUAUACAUCAUUUUAUGAACAUUUAGGUAUUCCAUCAUUUGAUUUAGGUUUUGGAGGAGGUAAAGAUGAUGCAGUUUAUCAUUAUCAUUCAAAUUAUGAUUCUUAUCAUUGGAUUAAGACAUUUGUUGACCCUGAUUUCAAAUUACAUAAUUCUAUUGCACAAUAUAUUGGAUUAUUAAUUAUUAAUUUCUCUGAACAAAAAGUUUUACAAGCUUAUAAGGCAAAUGAUUAUUCUAAAGCAAUUAAUGAAUAUUUUGAUGAAUUGGUUAACAAGAUUCCAAAUGAUUGGUUUCAUAAAUCUGUUGUAUUAGAAGAUGAAGAUGAAGAAUUUAUUGGUUGUGCUCAUCAUCGUGGUCAUCAUGGUCAUCAUUCUAAUUUCACAUUAUCUUCAUUAAUCAACUCAACAUAUCGUGAUAUUCAUGGUUUCAACAGAGUUAGUAAACAUCAUGAUAAAUAUGCUUCAAUUUUACAAAAACAAUGGGAUGAAGAUUAUUCUAAAUCUAAAAACCCAUUUAGAAAAAUUAUUUUCAAUAGAAGAGUUAAAAAUGCAAAUAAUAAAUUAAAACAUUUAGAAAAAGAAUUUCUUUAUGAACCUGGAUUAAAUGGUAGAGAUUGGUUUAAACAUGUUGUUUUCGCUUCAGGAAGAUAUACUGGUUAUGCAGGUCAAAAAUUACCAGGUUUAACUGAAGCUAUUGAAGAUAAAGAUUUUGAACAAACUUCAAGAUGGAUUGGUAUUAUUAAGAAAUCUAUCAAACAAGGUUUAAUUAGUUUAGUCUAG